CAUUACAUACGUGCAACGACGGUGCGAGAGCUAGCUAGCUAGUAGGAUCAGCCAUGAGUGCCACCACUACACCCCACCAAGAAGAGCUCCAGAAAACACAAAUGCAGAGCAAGCGAGAUGUGGGCUUCGAGCCUCGUCCCGAGCUGCUCAUGGCCGCCCGGCGCGGCGAUUGGCAGCAGCUAGAGCGUCUCCUUGCCACGCCUCAGCCGGUGCGCGACGUCGUCGUGGACAUCGAGAUCGAGGAAGAUGUAUUGACCUCUGGCGAGGCGGUCACCAUGGCUGGGGACUCCGUCCUCCAUGUGGUAGCCUCGAGUGGAGACGGCGAGGAGAUCCUGAAGAGCGCGACGGCGAUCCACGGCAAGUCCAGCCACCUCCUCUUCGCCAGGAACAAGAAAGGCGAUACUCCAUUGCACUGCGCCGCCCGGGCAGGACGGGGUAGAAUGGUCACCCAUCUCCUGGCUCUUGCAACUCCUGCAAGAGCCGAGAAUGGCCACAACGACGGCGGCAAGAAGGUGAAGGAGUUCCUCAGGAUGCAAAACAAGCGGGGAGAGACGGCGCUGCAUGAAGCGGUCCGUUUGGGUGACAAGGACAUGGUUGACCGGCUGAUGGCCGAGGACCCGGAGCUAGCUCGCGUGCCCCCGGCCGAUGGCGCCUCGCCGUUGUAUUUGGCCGUCUCGCUGGGUCACGACGACAUUGCACGGCAGCUGCACGAGAAGGACAAUGCCCUCUCCUUCUGUGGACCGGACGGGCGAACUGCCUUACAUGCCGCUGUUCUUAAGAGCAAAGAGACGACCAAAAUGCUAUUGGAAUGGAACAAGGAUCUCAUCAAGCAAGCAGAGCGAUCCACCGGAAGCACGGCUCUUCACUUCGCCGCGUCCUCGGAAAGGGCCGCCGGGCCGAUCAUCAGCUUGCUGCUGGCUGCCGGCCCAUCCUUGGCGUAUCAGCCAGACAACAAUGGGUCGUUCCCAAUACAUGUAGCCGCGAUCGCAGACAGAGGCAACGCGCUCUACACCUUGCUCCACGGCUGCCAUGACUGCGCGGAGCUGCGCGAUGCCAAGGGCGGGACCUUCCUCCAUGUCGCCGUCGUUGAAGAGAGCUCGUGGGGUGUCAUUGAAGCUUUGAAUGACGAUGUAUCCUUCAUCGGGAACAUGCAGGACAACGAUGGCAACACCGCGCUGCACCUCGCGGUGCAGCAUGAAAGAGCUGGGAUACAUGAUAGGCUACGAGAUGUCGGUGCUACAUUUGGUACUUGCAGGCGGGAUUCCGUCGACAAAAGGAUGCGCCUAAACGAAAAGGAAGAAGCGCAGAAGAUCACUGAAGCCGCGCAGACCGUCGGGCUCGGCUCCGCUCUGAUUGCAACGGUGGCGUUCGCCGCGGCCUUUACCCUGCCCGGGGGCUACCGUGCCGAUGACCAUGAGAAUGGUGGCUCUCCGACGCUCGCUGGGCACUACGCCUUUGACGCGUUCAUUAUCGCCGACACACUCGCCUUCGUCCUCUCAAUCCUAUCAAUCGGAUUUCUGAUAUCCGCGGGGGUCGUCCCAAUGAACUUACGCCCCCGCCUCUUCUCCCUCACUUGCGCCAAAAUACUCAUGGUCAGCUCCGCAAGAAGCCUAUGCGCUGCCUUUGCGUUUGGGCUGUACGUGGAGCUAGCUCCUGUUGCGCGCACGACGGCCAUCGCGUCUUGUGCGAUCACAGCUCUCGCGUUUCUCGAUACCGCUUGGUCCAUUAUGAGAAUUAUCCCCACUGUGAUGGUGCUAGUGGGACGCGGAGUUCGUUUGUGGUCCUGGACGGGACUUGUGAUUCUAACGGAAUUGCUCUGGCCAUUCUGGUCCUACAUUGUGAUCGCCGGCCUGUGUUUCAGGAUCAAGAGAGUUCAUUGAGUUGAAAUGAAAUUAUUUAUAUGUUGUUAAUUUCUUACGUACCAAAUAGGUUGGUCUCUAUUUCUUCAGUGGUAGGCAUUGUACUCUUCAUCCACAAGUCCAUGUGGUACUUCGUCAACCUCAAGACCUGUGGGAUCAAUCUCUCAUAGGGGUAAGAUGUGCGUGCAUGUGGGUGUGCACGGUUCGUAGGGGCGAGUAUACUUCCAUGUUUGUGAGCAUUUGUAAUGUGUUCCUAAUUAAAGAUAAAAAAAGAUCGGCGUCCAAUUUGCUAGGAAA